UGGAAACUAUAAAUAUUAGUUUUCAUCAAAUUUUAUUAAUUCAUAAUCAAUUCACAGUCAAAUUAAAUUGUGCACUGUAUUUUCAAGAAGUUAAUAUAAACUUUUUCGCGCUACAUAUUGUAUAAAAUUUGUUCGGUGAAACUUGACUCCCUGUGCAAUUUCAUGAAAAAAAAACCUGAUUAUGUGACGAAGUGUUUGAUUCCGAAGAGAAAGAAACUCAUUGUAAAAGAAAAUAAAAGAUUUCUAAACGGAGUACACGAUACUUCAUGUAAAUCAUUGAACGGAUGGUUACAAGAAAAAAACACAUGAUUAGGGUACAUAUUAAAUGAUCGAAUGAUCAGAAAUUCCGAGCUUCUGUGUCUCGCGUUCUUCCAACGAUUCAAUUUCCUUUUUUACACCGUAUAAUAAUAUAAUCAUAAAAAAAAAAACUUACAAAAUCAACGUGUUGAGAAUUUCGACAAGUAUGACCGGUGUUGAACUGAGCCACUGGAUAAUGUCGAAGAAAACAAACUUUUGCGGCUUGUUGGUAAUGGGAUGUUUCUUCUCGGUGUUUUUAUUCUUGGAUGGGAAAUACGGCAACCCUUCAAUGUACGAAAUGCAACCGUCGGCAGCCCUUCUCGAGUCAAAGAAAAAUUGCGGCACAUUAUUAUUUCAGAAUACCACAGCUGAUAAGAAACAACCUGAUUCUGAGUCAAAGGAUAUCGAAAAAAUCCUUAAUAAGCAGAGAGCAUCGAUCAGCAAUGACAUGAAGGGCUACCAAUAUCCUAAUGAAAACAACAGUAUGAGUGUCAGCAAACUUGAAGAUUUGUUGAUGGAAAAGAAUGGGACACCGAUCAGAAGUAUAAUCGUAACAUCAUGGCGAAGUGGAAGCACGUUUUUGGGCGAUAUUGUUAACGCACAUCCGGCAAAUUAUUACUACUAUGAACCGCUGCUGGCUUUCGAUAUUGUUCGAGUUCGAGGUCCUCCCUUGGCUGCGAAGGCUUUGAAGUGGAUCACGGAUCUGCUCAACUGCGAAUAUCAAGAUCUAGAUGAAUAUUUGAGCUAUGCCGAAGAGACACCAUGGGCUCUCAGUUACAACCGGUAUUUGUGGAAGCAGUGCAAAGCUCAUAAAGACGUCUGCUAUAACCGCAACUUUCACAGCUCAUUGUGCAAGCUCUUUCCAUUUCAGUUGAUGAAAAUCGUACGACUCAGGCUGCAAGUUGCUCAAGAGCUUCUUACCGAUGAAAAAUUAGCCGUACAGAUGGUGCUGUUGGUGAGAGAUCCUCGAGGCAUUCUUCAGUCGAGAAAACAUCGUGAUUGGUGCCCUCCGAGUCCUGAUUGUUCCGAACCAGCUUUGAUGUGCGCGGAUCUGGUCUCAGAUUACAAAGUUGCUGUGGAACUGCAGAAGAAAUACCCAAGUAGAUUCAAGGUGAUACGAUACGAAGAUUUUUCCCUGGAUCCGUAUAAACAAGCCGAAGAACUUUACAAGUUUUACGGACUCUUUUUUCAUCCGGAAACGAAAAAAUUUCUCGAUACUCAUACAAAAACCAAUAGGGAUGAAGUAUGGAGUACAUUUCGAGAUUCAAAAACUGCUCCGUUUCAUUGGAGAACGGAGUUAGCAUUUGAAGAAGUAGAAGAAAUACAAGAAUCCUGCACCACUGCAAUGAAAUACUGGGGUUACGUUCCGAGAUUUUCAAAAAUUUUAACGCCGUCCAAUUUCUAUAAGAUGGGAUUCAAAGGGAUCACGAGUGGAAAUAUAUUUCAAAUAGUGAUGAACGCAUUUUACUUACAACAACUUGUAGUACUGCGUAACGAAGUAUUGAACAGUUUUGUAAACUCUUAUCUUAUUGCAAUUGGUUACAUGAUAUGGUAUUUAUAUAAAUUCGAAAGGUUCUUCAACUUCCGCAUCUACAUUUUUCAUUUUACUUUUAUUGCCGUCACAGAUAUCUUAUUCUCGAGGGCUUUUCCAAGUAGAUAGAAUAAACACUCACGAAUACGUGCACUUCCCUUUUCGAAUAUCGCGGAAGAUUAAAAACUUAUCAUCCCUGCAAUAAUCACAUGCAUUGCAAACCAUUCUUUCUACACUCUGACAAGUUCGGAAACCGCUCGACCACUUUCUGGUAUUCAUUUAUCCGACAAGACCUGUCACAGGUGUAGGAAAUCCGAACCAAU